AUGGCCACACCUCACACCCCUGACGUAGCGUCAGAUCACAAUACUGCAGACAGAGCGCUGUCUGAGAACUCCACCCCGGCAAUGAGCGACCCUACCCCGAGUGAUCCUGAAAAGGGCACUGAUGCUAAGGAAAAUGCCUAUACCACCGAUCUGCACAACGCGAAUGCUACAGUUAAGACGGAUAAAUCGGAUGCGCCUCCUGCGGGACCUCCCGCGCUAGGUCCACCACCAGAUGGAGGAUUCCCGGCUUGGAUGACGGUCCUAGGAGGAUUCUGCGGUCUCUUCGUCAGUUUUGGCUGGAUAAACUGUAUUGGUGUUUUCCAAACGUACUAUGAAAGCCAUCAACUCGACCAUAUGUCACCUAGCACGGUGGCAUGGAUCACCUCGCUAGAGACCUUCGUCAUGUUCUUUGCGGGUCCGAUCUUCGGAUACUUGUUCGAUAGCUAUGGCCCGCGAUGGAUCCUGCUAGGCGGCACCUUGUUGCAUGUGUUCGGUCUCAUGAUGACAUCUCUCUCCACUGAAUAUUACCAAUUUAUCCUCGCACAGGGAAUCUGCAGCCCACUUGGCGCAAGUGCGAUUUUCAACGCGUCCGUGAACUCCGUUAGCACCUGGUUCGCGAAACGUCGUGCCUUCGCGCUUGGCGUUACAGCCUCCGGCUCCAGUUUAGGUGGAGUCAUUUUCCCUAUUAUGGUCUCCCAAUUGAUUCCCCAGGUUGGUUUCGGGUGGGCUAUGAGGAUAUGCGCAUUUUUGAUCCUCUUCAUGCUUGGUAUUGCCAACUUGACUCUCAAGUCGCGAUUGCCGCAUGUCAAAAAGCCAUUUAAGAUUUGGAACUUUUUUAAGCCUCUCACGGAUAUUAAAUUCGUGGUCACUGUCGCUGCGGCCUUCUGUUUCUUCUGGGGCAUGUUCUUGCCUUUUACUUUUGUCAUUACCCAGGCUGAGGAGUAUGGCAUGUCGUCCGAUCUAUCGCAGUAUUUGAUUCCGAUCCUGAAUGCAGCUAGUAUUUUCGGUCGUACCCUUCCAGGUUACCUGGCCGACCGACUUGGGCGAUACAACAUCAUGAUCUUCUUCAGUUAUUUCUCUGGAAUCCUUGUGCUGGCAUUAUGGCUUCCGUCCCGAGGCAAUGUCCCCGCCAUCUUGUUCAGUGCCCUCUAUGGCUUCGGCUCGGGCGCCUUCGUAUCUCUUGCACCAGCUCUCAUCGCCCAGAUCUCAGACUUGAGGGAGAUCGGGUUCCGCAACGGCACUUGCUUCUCCAUUAUCUCCAUCGCAGCUCUUACUGGUACUCCGAUUGGUGGUGCUUUGGUUCCUAGUGUGUUGACGGACUCUUAUACGAAGCUGCAAAUCUUUGCUGGUGUCGUCAUGGUCGUUGGAGCGUCGCUGUUUGUGGUUGCUAGAAUCGUUGUUGGAGGAACUGCACUCAAGGUAUAA